AUGUCUGGGCUAAUGCGUCCAUUGAGACAUACAAGGAUACCUAGGGCUCUGAGCAGACGAUGCUUCUCUGUCACAUCCAAGAGAUCUGCAGACCACGUUAGAAUUGUCGAAGUCGGACCCAGAGAUGGUCUGCAGAACGAAAAAUCUUCAAUCUCGCCAGAGACCAAGAUUGAUUUGGUUAGAAGACUUGCUGCCACUGGACUCAGAACUAUCGAAGCUGGUUCAUUUGUUCACCCCAAAUGGACUCCACAAAUGGCCAGCUCAGACAAAGUUCUGCAAAACAUCUUGCAACAGCCUCCUCAAACCUACCAGCCCAUCACUUACCAAUGGUUGUUACCUAACAUGAAAGGUCUAGACAACUUCUUCUCAAUUCAAUCUCAAAACUCUACUCAGGGAGAUGCUUCUUACCCAACACCUCCACCAUCUCCAGCCCAUGAUUCUGGUCCUGCUCAGAAUACUUCUACUCAGAACCCGAAUGACAUGCCCUCUGCAACUUCUGGUGCCGCUGCUAUGGAUUCAAAAUCCAGUCUUGAGCAACCAAAGCAUGAGGUUUCAAUCUUCCUUGCAGCUACCGAAUCUUUCUCACAGAAGAACACAAAUUGCAGCAUCGCUGAAUCUCUUGAGAGGUUCCAACCUUUGAUCACUUCUGCCAGAGACAAGGGGUUUGGCGUGCGUGCUUACAUUUCUGUUGCUCUGGGUUGUCCCUUCGAAGGACCUGAUGUAGACCCCCACAAAGUAGCAGAACUAGCUGCUAGCCUUCUGGAGAUGGGAGCAGAUGAGAUCUCGGUAGCAGACACCACGGGAAUGGGCACAGCGCCUCGCACAAGAGAGUUGUUGCGUACCCUUACUGCCGCGGGCAUCCGAAACAACGACCUAGCUCUGCAUUUCCAUGACACUUUUGGUCAAGCAAUGGUCAACACUCUCGUGGGAUUGGAACAUGGUAUUCGAACCUUUGAUUCUGCCGUCGGUGGUUUGGGUGGCUGCCCUUACUCGCCUGGUGCGACUGGAAAUGUUGCGACCGAGGACCUGGUGUAUUCUCUUGAAAGUCUCGGAGUCAACACCGGUAUUGAUCUGUCUGAGAUUAGCAAAAUUGGUGAUUGGAUUACCAGCGAGAUUGGCAAGCCAAACGAAAGCCGCGCAGGAAAAGCAACUCUUGCUAAGUUGAGACGAGCCACAGAGUAA